AUGUGGAGCGGGCACGGUACCUUCGACGGCGGUUACGGCACCGUGGGCACCUCGGGGCCUCCGGGCGGCUACACGCAGUCCCCGGGCGGCUUUGGCUCCCCCGCCGGUACUCAGGCGGAGAAGAAGCAGAGAACUCGCUCCCAGAACAUCGUACCCUGCACCGUGUCGCAGCUGCUGGCAGCCGAGCAGGUCGACGAGUCCUUCCGGAUCCGCGACGUGGAGAUCUCCCAGGUCACCAUCGUGGGGAUCGUUCGGCAUGCUGAGAAAGCACCGACAAACAUUCUCUACAAAGUGGAUGAUAUGACAGCAGCCCCGAUGGACGUCAGGCAGUGGGUGGAUACUGAUGAGGCAGGUGGUGAGAAUGUUGUGGUACCCCCAGGGACUUAUGUGAAGGUAGCUGGUCACCUUCGCUCUUUCCAGAAUAAGAAAAGUUUGGUGGCCUUUAAGAUCAUGCCUCUGGAAAACAUGAAUGAGUUCACCACACACAUCCUAGAGAUCGUCAAUGCACAUGUGGUCCUCAGGAAGAAUCUCAUGGUACCAGCGAGAGGGCCGCAGGUGUUCCCCUCAGCUGGCGUGGGUGACUUGGGUGGCUAUGGAGGAGUCUGCAGCCUCCCUUUGAACGGACUCACAGCACACCAGAGCCAGGUGCUGAACUUGAUUAAAAACUGCCCUGUCCCAGAAGGCAUGAGUCUGCAAGAGCUGAAGGCUCAGCUCCACAGUAUGAGCAUGUCAACAAUCAAGCAAGCUGUUGAAUUCCUUAGCAGUGAGGGACACAUCUACUCCACUGUGGACGAUGACCACUAUAAGUCAACAGACGCUGAGUGAGGUUGGCCCCAGCUGGAUUUAGU